GCAUUUGUCUCGGGUGUUAUUCCCUUAAGGUUCUUUUUCUUCUUCUUUUUUCUUUCUGGAUAUUCAGGUUCGGGCAAAGCAUUUUUUAUGGGCUUUUAUUGGGUUUCUCUACGGGGAUAUCUGCGUUAUAUUUUAUGUUCUGUUACUUACGCACCUUUCAUUAUUUUGUGGCAUAUGGAGAACGCGGGACAUAGGGUAUACUUGCAUUUCGAAGAAGUCCGUCUGUUACAUUGGCCUCGUUUACGCGUAAACUCUCCUUGAUGUUGUACAGUACAGAAGUAGCAGAGACAUGCAUCUAGAUAUUUAUGUAC